AUGGAAGAUCCAUGGGGCUCGCCGUGGGCGACCAACGAUACCAAUACAACCCUUGAGCCGACCAUUCCUCGUUCCACCCUCGAACUCCCUAGCCGCACCCUCACCAGGCAACGGUCCUUCUCUACAGCAUCGCCAUGGGCCGCUGACGAGGAUGGCUUGGAUGACUGGGCAGCUGCAGGCUCUGGUCUGGCGUUGCCCACGCCUGCGGCUACGUCAAGUUCGAUCUGGGCAGGAUGGGGCGGUGAAAAUACUCUAAACUCGAGCCAGACACAAUUGACACCCACCCCUAGGGCACGAGAGGGCAGUCUCGGCAUGCACAGUCCAUCAUGGCCCGCCGCCGCGUCUCCAGGCCUUCCUCCGUCCAAGACGAUAUCGCGCAGGAGCAGUUCUCGCUCUCUGUUCCGCCAGCCCUCCCCCGAUCCUUGGGCUGUCGAGUUUUCGGAGAAUCGAUUGAGUCUCCCAACCCCGGCCCUGGUCUCGGCCGAGCAGGCUGCGUUCUCCACACUUGACAGACACGAGGAGGAGAAUGAAGAGGAUCUGGCGAAACUCAAGGAAGACCAGAGACCUGCCGAUGCUCCAACAGAAGCCGAAAAAACGCAGGACCGCGAGACUCCGCAACCCUCAGACAAGACUCGGGUCGAAGACGUGGACCCAGUCACAACUACACGCGAAGAAGUGGCCAAUAGAGAAGAUGGAGACGGGACAAAUACCAGAUCGCUCAGUGGCUCUCGGCAAUCAUCAAUGUCAGCUGAUAGCCACCAUGAAGACCGGCCGGACUCCCCGAUCACUUCUAUGGACGAGGAUGCAAAGGAUCGUCCUCAAAUACCACGGAGAGCAUCAGCCAAGGUCCAGGAGCUGGUUCAUAUGUACGACGGAAUGGUCAAGCCGAACGAAAACGCACUCUCCGUACCUAGCGCGGCUGGUGGCAGACAACGCAGCACCAGUCGGGGUGCGGCGAGUAUUCGCAGUGCAAGGACGGAGGAUCUUAGCGAUUUCGGGGAUUUCGAAGACGCGGAAAGCCCUGAUUCCGCCCCACCAUCAAGGAAACCUUCCGUCGGUGGAUCUCCUCGUCCGGGUAGCUCCAGAGCUGGUCGCGCAAGAUCUGCCUCGAAAGCGUCAUUACGAGCUCCAAGUAUCACGAAGUCGUUAGCCCCGGCGCCGAUUCCCGAGGAGAGAUCAAAUGUGUUCCAAGAUUUGCGCGCCAAGUUUGGCCCAGUCAGGUUCACUCCGGACCUUGAGAGCAUCGACAAAUUGUACGAUGUGGCGAAGCUCGACGCGGAGCAGCCAAGCGCCAAGGACUACAGUCUCGACGCCGUUGAGGGGAUCAUCAACGACAGUUUCUCGUCCGUCUCAGAGCGCAAGACCUGGUACCGCAUUUCUCGGCCUGGCUCCAUGCGUAGGCACGACCUGGGAGACGAUGACAAUUACCGCCGUGUGACUUGGCCAAUUUCAAGGGUGCGGGAAGAGACCAACAAGAUCGUGCGCCGAUGGAUGGAGGAAGGUUCGUACUCUGGAGGUCAUCCGUCGUUCGGUGGCAGUACCUCUGUUAAAGGCGGAGCGUUCAAUUGGGAUACGAAGGCAGAACCACUCUCCAUGGAUCAGAUCUUUGGCAAGAGGAAGAGUGCCCAGCCUCCAAAGGCCGCGCCCGCUCCGGUGCCUCGCCCCCUAUCCUUGCAGCCGAAGUCAGCUGCGGCUCACUCUCGCAAUUUGUCCGCCGACGUCAAGAGUCUACCCCCUCGGUCUCCGGGCGUGAUCAGCCUACCAUCUCCGUCACCCUUGAGUAUUCCGGGCCCACCCAAGAGUCCUGCCUUUGGCUGGAGUACAAUGACCGAUGGAUCUGCCACUCCUGCCUCCUCACGCCCGCCCAGCCGGGCUGUUAGGCAGUCCCUUGACGUCCCGUCGUCAAGAUUUGGUAGCAGCACUGGUGUUACUGCCGGCAUCCAAGAGCCAGAGAGCAGGCAUUCUCUGCAGCUGGCCCCGCCGCCUUCAGCGCCAUCAGUGAGCUCAAACGCUUUGGUGGAGGACGAGAACGAAGAGGAAUGGGGGGAAAUGGUAGCCUCCCCAAUGGAAAGCAGUCGGCCUGCCAGCGGGCUUUUUGACACUGGCGUGAAUGGCUCCAUAGCUGAGCUCUCCGCAAACGACCCGUCACCGGCGCCCUCCACCGACACUGUCACCCGCUUUGAGCGGGCCCUCGAGGACAGCAUCGCCAACGUCAGCCUUUCAACUGCCUACGCCGUCUACACCAUCUGGCCCAAAUUUGUCUUCGAGGACUUCAUCACAAGCAUCAUUCCAGCUCCCUCCACCGCCCACACCUCCUGUUUCAACCCAGUCAAAGCACACACCAAAGUCAUCCAUUGGUUCGCAACCAGCCCUGGAGCCCAUCAGGCCAAUUUCGCCUGCGACAUUUCAACUCUCUAA